AUGAAACUAGAUGAUGAUACUGAACAUAAUGACAAAAAUGAAGUAGUUGGUGUUCUUAAGUUGUUUCGGUUUGCAUGUGGUAUCGAUUAUAUCCUCAUGUUAAUUUCAAUAUGUCUAAUAGUGCUACAGGCGUGUGCUAUUCUCAAUAAUCUAGUUCUCUACGGUCGGCUUACAGGUUUAUUUGCUGUUGAAUCAUUUGGUCAUAAUUGUGAACAUCAAGGACGAAAAUCAAUUGCAUCUAUUAAAGAUAACAAAACAUAUCUUUUAGAUAUUGAGCUCAGUGUAUUAAACAAUAUUCUGUCGAACAAACUACGCGAUAAUAAUGAUGUGAUUUUGUUAUCAACUUUAGCUACGUUAAUGCCUUCAUUGCGAGAACAAGUUAUGAAUUAUAUUCAUUGGUUAUUCAUUAUUGGUCCUGUCCUAUUUGUGGCCAGCUCGAUGGCAUAUUUUAUUUGGACCAUUACUGCGAAACGACAGAUAUUUCGUAUGAAUAUUUCCCUCUUUCGAUCACUUGUUCAACGCAACAUAUCUUAUAUGGAUACCAAAUCGACUAAUCAACUCAAUGCUAAACUAUUCGAUUCAUUGAGAACUGUUCUUUCUCUUAAUGGUACCAAAUUUGAGCAAAAGCGAUAUGAAAGAGAAUUGUAUCCUACUCGUUGGAGUACUAUACGUAAAGGUGCAGUAUUCGGGCUUUUUACUGGAUGGCUAUCUCUAACAGGCUACUUAGUUUAUGCCGUUGCGUUUAUCGCUGGUUCUCUUCUUAUGUCACAGAAGAAUCAACAUAUUUUAAAUAUCAGCGAUAUUCUAAUUUCGUUUUCAGAAGCUCAAGGUGCAGCAACAUCGGUAUUUCGACUCCUUGACGAGGGAAAUGACGCUAGUAUCAAUGAAAAAGAAGUAUGGCAAGAGGAUACAGAAGCAAUUUAUGAUAUCAAUGGUGAUAUUGAAUUUGAAAAUGUCGCCUUUACGUAUCCAUCUCGGGAAGGGGUAACAGUUCUGAGUAAUCUUUCUCUUGUGGCUCGUGUUGGUCAGACAACUGCACUUGUAGGUUCAAGUGGCUGUGGAAAAAGUACAUGCAUAUCACUGUUUCUUCGUUACUAUGAACCUUCAUCGGGUCGAAUAAUGAUCAAUGGUCGACCGAUAACAGACUACAAUAUCAAACAACUCCGACAAAACAUUGGAGUUGUUAGUCAAGAACCCAUUCUCUUUGGUAUGAGUAUUUAUGAAAAUAUUCGUUUUGGUAAAGUAAAUGCAACACGAGAAGAAAUUGAACAAGCAGCCCAAGAAGCCAAUGCACAUAAUUUCAUCAUGCAAUUACCAAAUAAAUAUGAAACACUUGUUGGUGAACGUGGUAUACAGUUGAGUGGUGGUGAAAAACAACGUAUUGCACUAGCUCGUGCUCUUGUCAAACAGCCUACCUUCCUUUUACUCGAUGAAGCAACAAGUGCACUUGAUAAUGCUAGCGAAAAAAUUGUUCAAGAAGCACUUGAUCGAGCAUGCAAAGGUCGUACAACUAUUGUUAUUGCUCAUCGUUUGACUACAAUCCGAAAAGCUGAUCAAAUAUAUGUAUUAGAUAAUGGAAGUGUAAUUGAGCAAGGUACACAUGAAACAUUGAUGGAAAGAGACGGAGGCAAAUACCAAGCAAUGGUCAAACGUCAACAAACUGAAAGUAUCGAUGAUGAUAAAGAUUGUAUGAUGAGCAUGCAAAAAGCAACAGAAGACGAUGAGAAACUCUUAUCAAUGAAUAGUCCUGAAUGGAUUACAAUCUUAAUUGGUUGUAUAGCGUGUGUACUGAAUGGAGCCGUUCAACCUUUGUUUGCAUUUCUAGUUACUAAAAUACUCAAUGCAUUCAAUUAUUGUUCAAACUCUGAACGAAAUCAUCAAGUAUUGACUAGUAGUCUUAUAUUUUUACUUAUGGGUGUUAUUGCAUUGAUCCUUCGCUUUUUUCAGUACACAGCUUUUGCCAUAGCAGGAUCAAAAUUGACGCAUCGUAUUCGUUCGAAAGCUUUUGCAUGUCUUCUUCGUCAAGAAGUUGCUUAUUUCGACCGACCGGAAAAUAGUUCUGGUGCGAUUUGUACUCGUCUUUCUUCUGAUGCAUCAGCCAUUCAAGAGAUGACUGGUUUACGAUUAGGAACCAUCUGUGAAGGUAUCGCACUGUCGAUUUUCAGCAUUGUUUUUGGAUGUUUCAUAAGUUGGCAAUUAACAAUGAUCGUAUGUAGUCCUCUUUUUAUCAUAUUCAUAAUCUGUUAUGGGAAUGUGCAUUUGAAUCUAUGGCUACAUCAACAAUCAAAUCGGAUUCUCGAACCAGCAAGCACACUUGCUACUGAAGUUAUUCAUAAUAUGCGUACAAUAAAACAGCUGUCAAUAGAAAAAGAAGUUUUACGACAAUACUCUGAAUUUAUUCAUCAAAUAUUUAAGUCUCAGCGUAUCGGUGCAUCAGUCUCUGCUGGCAAAACGUUUAUUGAUUUAUUUGAUCGAAAAUCAGCUAUCGACAACAUGUCUACUAAAGGAAAACAAUUGGUUGAUUUUCGUGGAGAAAUAAGAUUCGAUCAAGUCAAAUUUGUCUAUCCAACUCGUCCAACAUCUAUUAUUCUUAAUAAAUUUCUAUUGAAUAUCAAGCCAAGUCAACGUGUAGCUCUUGUUGGUGCAUCUGGAUGUGGAAAAUCAACAGCUAUUCAACUGUUGGAACGAUUCUAUGAUGUUAGUAGUGGUCAAAUACUUCUUGAUGGCAUAGAUAUUCGACAACUAAACCUUCAUUGGGUUCGUUCUCAGUUUGGUCUUGUCAGCCAAGAACCUGUUUUGUUCGAUUUAACUAUUGCUGAAAAUAUAGCAUAUGGCCUAGAGAAUGUUUCAAUGGAAGAUAUUAUCAAUGCAGCAAGUAGAGCUAAUAUUCAUCGAUUCAUUGAACAAUUGCCUCAAGGUUAUGAAACAAAAGUAGGGAUGAAAGGCAGCUUUCUGUCAGGUGGUGAGAAGCAACGUAUUGCCAUUGCUCGGGUUCUUCUUCGUCGACCUAAGGUAUUACUCUUAGAUGAAGCUACAAGUGCCAUGGAUACGCACAAUGAACAAGUUGUACAAGAAGCUCUUGAGCAAGCACAAACAGAAGAUCCUAGUCGAACAUCACUUAUGAUUGCUCAUCGUCUUUCAACUAUUCGUUCAUGUGACUUAAUUUGUGUACUUGAUACAGGACACAUAGUGGAGAGUGGUACUCAUACAGAAUUAAUACAACGACGUGGAGCUUACUCUAAAAUGCUUGCUCAAAACAGUCCUCAAUGA